UCAAGAAAAUUUGUUUCAAUCUAUAUUAUUUAUUUGGAUUUAGUACAUUGCAGUUUAACAUUUAUUGUGUUUAACAUUGUUUAACAAGUGAAUUAAAUCAGAAUCAAUGGAUAAAGGCAAGAAAGGAAAAAAGGCAAAGGGAAAAACCCUCAAUUUACAAGAUUUCUUAAGUGAAAAUGGCGGUGCCACAUCUGGAUCCAUAGUGACCAAAAGUUUAUCAUGGGCAAAUGAAUGUGAAGACGAUGAUUAUGCACCUCCAAAAAUCAUAACUUAUUCCAUACCGACCGCACCACGAUCGCAACGAGUACUUGAUGACAGUACGAUUCCAACAAAUCCACCAUUUUUGGCGCAUAUUUCAAAUUUAUCUUAUGACCUGAACGAAACUGAUAUACAGGAAUACUUUGAACAAGUAACAAAUUUUGAGGUGGUAUCGGUGCGGCUACCCCGUGAAGAUGGCGACACCGGACGAAUGCGUGGCUUCGGUUAUAUUGAAUUUGCCGAACGUGAGGGAUUGAUUGAAGCGGUCAGUCAACCGGAUUUACAAUUGAGAAAUCGUAAAAUUCGCAUUGACGUAUCAAAUGAACAAGAGAAAAACCGGUCGAGCGGUAAUCGUGGACGUUAUGAUAAUUUCGGUUCAUCAUCGGAAAAUCGUGACACCAAUUGGCGUGGUCGUAAUCAAGACAAUGGACAAGAUACUGGACGUCGUAAUCCAAUAGAAAAUGGUGGCAAUUGGCGUUCAGAUCGUCCAAAAAUGGACUCACCACCGCCGCCACGUCGUGGAGACAGAGGCGAUCGUGGAGACAGAGGCGAUCGUGGAGACAGAGGCGAUCGUGGAGACAGAGGCGAUCGUGGAGAUCGCGGAGAUCGUGGCGAUCGAGGUGACCGAUAUGGUGGACGCCGAAAUGAGGAAAGACCAUUGCUCGAAGAGAGACCACGACUAAAAUUGCAACCACGCACUUUACCGAUGCCAGAAUUCAAUUUACAAAUCGACGAACGUGAAGCGGCCGAAACAGAAAAGGAAAAAGAAAAAGCCGAACGACCAAAACCAACACCCGUACCAUCGGCGGCAAUUUUUGGCAGUGCCAAGCCAGUUGAUACGGCCGCCAAGGAUCGUGAAAUCGAAGAACGAUUGGAAAGAGAACGAGUGGAGAGAAUAGAACGUGAAAAACGUGAAAAACAAGAGAAAUUAGAUGCUGAAGCUGCUGCUGCAACUGCCGCUGCCGAAGCUCCCGCUGAUGCUGAUGACAAUGCUGAUGACAAUACCACUGCUGUCAACACUGACGCAGAGGUCAACGAUGAGGCAACUGAUACCGGUGCUGCUAAUCAAGACUCUACUGAUCCUGAUGUUGAACCAAAUGGACUGGAAAGUAGCGACGAAAAGAAAUCGGCUGAUAAACCAGAAAUUAUUAGUUGGCGCAGAAAACCUGAAGAUGACGAUAGAAGACCAUCAUCACCUUCACGUAAGAGAUACAGCCCUGAUCGUAGAAGAAGGCAAAAUGAUGAUCGAGAUCGCCGUAAUAAUCGGGAUCGUGAUAAUAACAGAAGUACUAAUUAUAAUCGCGAUAAGCGGGACUACAAUCGUGAUUACCAUCAAAGAAGUGACAGAAAUGAUAGAAAUCAACCCAGAAACCAGUCAAGAAAUUAUAAUAACCGAGGGCCACGCGAUGAAAGAGAUAAUCGAGAUAAUCGAGAUAAUCGGGACAAUCGGGACAGUCGGGACAAUCGAGACAGUCGGGACAAUCGAGACAGUCGGGACAAUCGAGACACUCGGGACAAUCGAGAGAAGCCAAGACGUGCGUUGAAUCCAGAUGAAAUUGAAAAUCGAAUGCCCAAAUUCAAACCAGAAAAUAAACCUAAAUUGCAAAUGUCUAACGCAUAUGAAAUUUUCAACGACGAAACUUCUGAAUAAAAAGAAUUUGGUGCCCGCAUGAUACAGUUUAAACAUAACAUUAAUGAGCAUCAAGAACAUUUAAACAAAUUAUAUUUCAUUUAAAAAAAAAAAACAAGUAAAAAAAGGAAAGAAGACAACACAAACACACACACACACACA